GCCCGCCGCCGCGCCGCUCUACCCGCCGCUCGGCCUCAACGGGCUCCCGCAGCUCGGCUACCCCGCGGCGGUGCUCAAGGACGGGCUGCCGCAGGUCUACCCGCCCUAUCUCAACUACCUGAGGCCGGAUUCAGAAGCCAGCCAGAGCCCGCAGUACAGCUUCGAGUCGCUGCCUCAGAAGAUUUGUCUUAUCUGUGGAGAUGAAGCGUCAGGCUGUCACUAUGGUGUCCUUACCUGUGGGAGCUGUAAGGUCUUCUUUAAGAGGGCGAUGGAAGGGCAGCAUAACUAUCUGUGUGCUGGAAGAAACGACUGCAUUGUUGAUAAAAUCCGCAGAAAAAAUUGCCCAGCAUGUCGCCUUAGAAAGUGCUGUCAGGCUGGCAUGGUCCUCGGAGGUCGAAAGUUCAAAAAGUUCAAUAAAGUCAGAGUUAUGAGAGCGCUAGAUAGUGUUGCUCUCCCGCAGUCUGUGGGCAUUCCGAAUGAAAGCCAGAGAAUCACCUUUUCACCAAGUCAAGAAAUACAGUUGGUGCCCCCACUGAUCAACCUGCUGUCGAGUAUUGAACCAGAUGUGAUCUACGCAGGUCACGACAACACAAAACCUGACACCUCCAGUUCUUUGCUGACGAGUCUUAAUCACCUAGGCGAGAGGCAACUUCUGUCAGUAGUCAAGUGGUCUAAAUCACUGCCAGGCUUUCGGAACUUACAUAUCGAUGACCAGAUAACUCUCAUUCAGUACUCUUGGAUGAGCUUGAUGGUCUUCGCGCUAGGAUGGCGGUCCUACAAACAUGUCAGCGGGCAGAUGUUAUAUUUUGCACCUGAUCUAAUACUAAAUGAACAGAGGAUGAAAGAAUCGUCCUUCUAUUCCUUGUGCCUGACCAUGUGGCAGAUCCCACAGGAGUUUGUGAAGCUCCAGGUUAGCGAGGAAGAGUUCCUGUGUAUGAAAGUGUUGCUACUGCUAAAUACAAUCCCUUUGGAAGGACUAAGGAGUCAGAGCCAGUUCGAUGAAAUGAGGGCGAGCUACAUUCGGGAGCUCAUCAAGGCCAUCGGUCUGAGACAGAAAGGGGUUGUUCCUAGCUCACAGCGCUUCUACCAACUCACCAAGCUUCUUGACAGCUUGCAUGAUCUCGUCAAACAGCUUCACCUUUACUGCUUGAAUACGUUUAUUCAGUCCCGGGCGCUGGCCGUUGAAUUUCCAGAAAUGAUGUCUGAAGUCAUUGCUGCACAGUUACCCAAGAUCUUGGCAGGGAUGGUGAAACCUCUUCUCUUUCAUAAAAAGUGAAUGUCGUAUUUUUCUUUCAAAGAUUAAAUUUUGUGGUAUGUAUUUUUGUGGUGGUUAGGAUGAUGAGGUUUCUAGUUUUUAUAAAAUUCUUCUGAAAGCCUUACCUUUAUAACAUAUCAUGCAAUGUAAAUUUAUGUGAAAAAUUGUGAGUCUCAUUUUCCCUUGUAAAGCAUAAGUAGAAUGUUGAAAGUGUUUUUGUGUACUUAUAUUUUAUUUGAGUUUACAAGAAUGAAAAAGUACUAAAACUUGAAGUAAGUUCUAUCUUACUGUAUUAUUUCAUACCACUUUAGGUGAGGAUUUUAACCUUGGCAUCUAACAAAUCUAUGUUAGAGGAGAAAGAAUUUACAUGUGAUAAUAAAAGGUGAUUAUAUUUGUUAUUUCUAGAUAAUUCCUCUUUGUUUCUAUAAUUCCCAAAAUGAACCUUUAAAAUGGUAGGCAAAAGUCAAACAUUACUGUGAAAAUUCAUAACCUUAGCCAAAUUUUUGGAAUUUUUUAAUGCAAAAUAUAUAGGUCCAGACUUUAAAACUACUGAAAUAAAUUAAUAGGUAAAAUAGGUCUUAUAUUGGUUAUUUCCCAAAUUGGAAACAGAUUGAUCUAUGAAGAAAAUUAAUAUACAACCAUAUCAAUAAGACCACAGUAGUGGGAAUUUUGUUUUUCCUUUUAACCUUCUUUAUGGGGGUUAACCUCAAAUAAAGUAUUUUGAAUACAAAUGAAAAUCAGAAGAUUCUAGGACCUCCUUUUCACCACUGGCGUGUGGAAAAUCAGCCUUACCGGUUCUCAAUUUCCUCACCUUUAAAAGUGGUGUAAUAUUAUCUUUCCUCUGUCAAAUGUUUCUUUUGGUUAGAGCUUCUUAUUAGCAUUUUCUCAAAUCGCAGAAAGGUGGGGGGGUAUUAUUUUUUUUCUCCACCACUCAAACUGAGGAUGGUCAUGCAUAGUAGAUGAAUCUCAGGUUGAAAAUUUUGGUGUGUGUCUGAUCCAAAAAUGUAUGCUUCAGGAAUAGAGAAAUCUCAGGUUGAAAAUUUUUGAGUGCCUCUGAUCUGUUUUAGGAAAUACCAGAUACUGGUUUAAAAUAAUACACUCACAAUAACAAGAAAACACAUAGUUCACAUUGUUAUUUUAACUGAAAAUAUUCCUUUGGAAGAGAGACAGGCAUUCUUUUCUGAAAAAAAUCACUGGAGAUCCCAAAGAAAAGAAAAAAUAUAUAUGCACCAAAUAUAUAUUUAUGCACCAAAUUUAUAGCACUAAUGAAAUUCAAUCAAAAUAAAUUAUUGAGCUUUUUCAUCAG